UAUUCAACGGUUGCGGCAGUUCUGGCUUGUUUUAGUUGUGUGGUUGUGUGCCAUUCGCGUAGAAGCGGAGUGCAUAGCUUCUGUGCUCGAUGUGAGUGGCUUGUGUACCUGCUACGCUGCCUACGUGCAGUUCGGGCCGGUUCGGGCUAGCACGUACUUACAAUGCAGUCGUGCUUGCAGUUUAGGCAAAAUGAUGUGCUGAAAGGCGAUGGAACUACCUCUGACAACGCAAUCAAGCUACCAGUCAGCCUUCUUCUUUCCUUUGUGUUAUGCGACGCCAGAGGCGAAGUCUGAUAGCGAGACAUCAGCAUUCUGCGAAAACCAUUCUGCAACAUUACGAACGAGCUUGAGUACAUUGGACUGCAGCGAUACCGGCGUUUGUGGGCGAAGUUUGUGCUCGGAUACAGCAUUAUCGUCGCGAUCAACACCAUCUAUAAAUACCACGCACGAACAUAAACUGGGAAAUGAACAUACAAACCUAGUGUUGAGAAAGUUUCUACAGACGUUGCAACAGGAUUCAAUGGAACCGACUGAGGGCUUCUCGCAAAGCACAUCGUACUCGGCACCGCCAGCUUUGAUGUCAGCAUCACGCGGGACGUCGAUUGCAAGUUCGUUUAGCAGCGAGAGCAUACCAGUUGUGACUACUUCGCAAGGAAGUACUGAACAUGGAAGUAGCAGCUGCACAAUGUCUGGAACAGUUGAUGGAGAAGUACAGUCAUGUACAGAAAAAGUGCUGGAGCAGGAGCGUGCAGCUUCUUCCAGUGUUUUUUUUCCUGGUACAUGCUUGUCAGCCUCAGAUGCAGUAGUUGCUUCAAACUAUGAUACUGGAAAAGGCAACUUAAUGAAUAAUCAAGAAUUGGCCCUCUCUCUUGAGUCAGUGCUGACAGUGGUACCACAGUCACUUCGGGUGCGUUCUACAACCGCAAAUGCUAAAAGCUUGGAGCGGAAACAAGUGAUCAAAGAACCAUGUGUUAAGACUUGUAGACCAAGGUACUCUACUUCUUCAUGUGGAGGUGCUAGCUUACAGUCAUGGGACUCUCAUCUGGAAAUAGAUGCAUCUAUUGAAGACAUUGUGGAAAGUGUGAUUCACGAACUGUCCAUCUGUGAAACAGAGUUGCAAAGCUGUUCGGGCAUGUUUUCCCAGGAGCACUCUACAAUCAGUGAUGCGCCACGAAGAGCAUCCCCAGCCUCUCUUUCAAGUUACACAUCAAGCAAGCGUUUAGAGUGGGACAAUGGGGCAGACAUUGGAUAUUCAGGCACUAGUGGUAGAACACACGAGCAAGGAGGGUCAAGGUAUCGCGACAUAGUGAGGCACAUUUCUGAGCCAAGCGAAAGUGAUGUCAUCAAUCAAGUGAGUGUUUCCCCCGAUGAAAAGGCACAUGAAUUUGCUGUGCCACAUUUUUGUGAUGUUAUUGUACAGACUGAAGCUUGUUCAAUCAAAGAUGCUGGAGUCCAAGCUAAUGCUUCUGUGACAGAUCUUUCGUCUACUCAGACUCAUAUGAAAGCAUCAACAAAGCAGUCUGAUUUAUUAGUAUCAGGCAGUGCUGCGACAGAUUUGAGUAGUAUUGCAUCUACCAAGCAAGGAUCUUCCAUAACUUCACUUGCUAACAGCGUACACCAACAAACUGGCAUGGAGAAAAGAGGAUUUUAUGUGACCGAUCGAACACCAAACUAUGUUUGUGCCAAUUUGAAGCCUGCUGUUCAGCAACCUCCAGGCAGAAAGAGCCUUGAAAUGCCAAAACGUGAUCGGGCAAAUAGCGUUUCGCUCUGCUAUAGCCACAAGACCUUCAAAGAGCAUAGGAACCUUAGAAAGAAGCAUGCAGGUUCAACACGAAAACGUGCGUCGGAUUUUAGCCAUGUUCAGAGAAGACAUUGCAGCAAUAACUUUGUUUCUGCCUCUGAUACUUCUCAUGUAGAAUCUGAACCUUUGGAUGUCACUGGCUUUGCAGUUAUAAACAACAACCGAAUGAAAAUGAAAUUGCCUACGACUGUGCCUGGACUGGCUUCUCGAAGUGCAACACCUGCUGAGCUUCCUCGUGCUUGCUGUGAACUUAACAAGCGGCGGCUUGAUUAUUGGCUUAGCUCUGGUUUUCCUUAUGUGCCUGCAGUGGUGCCCCUUGAAGUAGACAUCCUACCUCGUAUUCACAGUGCUGAACCAGCCACAGAAAAGCAAGAAAAUUGUGAUCCAAGGCUUGUAGUAUCAGGGUCAUGCCUCCCAUCUAUAACUCAAAGGCAAGAAGCCAUUGAUAUGGCAAAUGCUCGGACUAUUGUAACAGCACAAGGUGCCAGUGGGAUGACACGAAAGCGUUACAUUGUCCGUCCAGCAUCACAUUCAGCACUGAAAACAUCCGAAGCCAGCACGGUGUUUUCAAAGCAGACAGCAGCACUGUGCCAAAAACUCAUUACAAAAGACAAACUUGGGAUAGGAUUGUCAACCAUGUCCUCUUUUACUAAGAUGGACGGCAUACCUCCCAUUAAUGGGGCAGCCAAGUCAACACUGCUGUUGCAGAGCAACACUGAAGUGAUUUUUGCCUUUCCAGACACUUUGCUUUCAAGAUCAAAUGAAAGCGAAGCAUGUUCUUCAGCAGAGAUGUUGGCAUCUUGCAAAAAUCAAGAGGAGCAUUGUCAGCACAACUCUUCUGCUUCGUGCAACAGUUUAUCCGAAGGAACUUCAUCACAGCUGCUGACGGUGAAUGGUAGGAGUUGCAAGCUGAAACGGAUGGCUCACAGAGAGCUGGAAAAGCUAAGGUUCCUUGUUAAUCGACAAAGACAUGGCUACUUGAAGCAGUUGCAACGAGAAGUAGAACGGCUGCAUAAACUUGAGCAGCUGUUCCUCUUAGCAGACGUCAGUCGCACAGCAUCUUCAGCAGAAACAGAGACCACUUCACCAGAAAAGGACGUUGGAAUGGUGUGCAGAAACGGAGACAGCAACAGCGUUGCAGUGCAGACUUCUCAGUCACUUUUUACCAGCUGUGAUGAUGAGGACACUGUGGUCAAGGAAAGGUGCUUUGUGUCAGUGGUUGGCCAGUCGGUGAAGAAGCAGAGAGACCACCCUUCACAGCAGAGGAGGAAAGCUGUCUCCAAGCGUCCUGUAGCAUGGGUAGUACCUGUGGGGUUAAACACCCCAUACAGUGGCAAUAAACAAGACGGAGCAUCCCCAAAAGAGAGAAACCACCAGGACACCAAGCAAGAAGAGAGUCUGCAGGCAGCAUUUGCAGCCCAUUGUAGCCGCUUAAUCAAGCGUUCAGAGGCAAGGCAAACUCAGCUUGCUAUCCUGUCUGAACGACGACAAAAGCAGCGCUUGGCACCACUGCAGGUGCAGCUGCAAGGGCGAAAUCAGCUGCACCCUCGUCCACCAGGAAAUUUAGGAAGAGCCUCAACAAAGAAGACAUUUACACACAAGGAAAUGAGGGAACAGACUGAGAGGGUGUAUCAAAAGCUGCCUGAGGUUAUUGACUCGAAAACAAGAUUGCAUAGAGAGCAACAGUACAGAACAAACCGUCUUAUGGCACAGCUGUACAACAAGGCCAUCCAAGAGAAGGCUUUGAUAGGCUGUGUGAAUUUUCCAAUUAACAAGCCAUUCACCAAUCUUUGAAUGAUUCAGCAGUCAUCUCCACUUGUGAAUUGGCAGUGGUACAAGUUUGCUCUGCGUGAUGUGUAUACUUGGAAUGUAAAUAAAAGAUUGCCUGACCUUCAAGGGGAAUAUUGAAUGUUCACUAGUGUGAGAGACUUGAUUUAAGGCCAUUAUUUGGGGACACCAAACUUUGUCAACUUGUUUGCUUCAUCAAUAUAAAACCUUGCUGUCUGGACAGUGGACAUUUGAACAAAGCCCUUAUAAGAACUUGUAUGCUCGUCUUGUAGUUCUGGACAGGUCCACUUCUAGGUAAAAUGAAUCGAAAGCUUUGUGCACAAUGGUGGCAAAAUAUACACUGCAUGCUGCUGGCAGCAAUGCACAUAGUGCAACCACACUGUCCAGUAUCUCUGCCAUUGCAGCAGCCAUGUGAUAACUUUGUUACUCAGGUGCCUUCUGAAGUGAAAGUGCUUUCCGAGAUGAAAAACUGGGCCUUGCUUAUCAUAUGUGCAAGUCACUGCAUGACAGCUGUUAUCUUGCAUACUGGCUUAAUAAAAGAGCUAUAGCUGAUGUUGCUACACUCCUA